UCUCCUAACUAGUUGCUCAUCUUGAGCUGGCUUAACACACAACAGUCUGAUAAUGAUCGCCGAGAUGAUGGCUGAAUAUUCCAGCACACAAUCAGUUCGGUAUUUGUUCUCGGAAUAUUGGCUGACUGUUUGGUACAGGUUAUCGGGAACAUUGAUUGACACAUAUUAAACUGGUUGUAACAUUGUAACUGGGCCGUGGAUCCAUAUUUUGGGAAUAUCUCAAGUAUACAGGAUAGAUAACCAAUCCAACAGACAAACGUGCAUUGGAAAAAGUAGUACCAUUAGAUGUAGCAGAUUCAGGUUGUUUUGGAAUGGAAAGGAGAUAUAACAUAUUGAAGAAGGUGUGGAAAUUAUACAGAAAAUAAAUGAUACAUAGGAAACACCGAGUGAGUUCGGAACUUGUAUGUCUACCUGCCUCCACACAGGCAGCUUUUCAGUUGCCGAGUGCCUCAUUCACAGGAGCCAAGGCGGUUCCCGCGAUAUCGUUCAACACCCCGCCAAGGAUAGUGUUAACCGCUCCUUUCCCUCCACUUUACUGUUGGCCGCCGCCAGAAGGGGUUCUCAGAUCCCUUAUAGACACAGUUCAACACGCAGUGUGGCAACGGAGCAUUAUCCCCACUUCGACUUAGCAAGAGUAUCAUCCUAGUAUCAUCGGAGAACAAUCUAUACAGAGGAAAAGAUCUAUACUGUCAAUUGGGAUUGCGGUCCUGACAAAGUGGCACUGAUGACGAUCGCAGACAAGAUGGAAGGUCGCAUGUUGAAGGUUUUUCUUCAUAAGACACUUAAAGAAGGACUAGUAGCUAGGCGUCGAAGGUUGCGCUGGAUUACUGGCCCUGUCCAUAGCUAAAAGGUGAAAAUAAUAGAAUAUAUAACUUGCCCGCAGUCCCGGAGACUAACGUGACCAGCAGAGGAUAGCUGUAGUCCAC